CGGUGCUCAGGAAUGUCCAGAGUAAAUCCAAGGCCCUGCUGGGAAGCAGGGAGGUAUCUGGCACAGAAGGAAGGCUUUCUAUAAAGGGGGGCCAGCCGGCGUGAGGCCGAGGCCAGCGGACGCGCUGGGAGGCAGCCGACUCCGCGGGAAGGAAAGUUCCUCUACCGACCCCGAGUCUGGUGAAAAGCGGACGCCAUUCUGUAAGGUGAAUCUGCUACCGGGAGGCAAGAAAAUUCAGGGGGCCCGAAAACCCAGCGCUGUGUCGUCGGCCGACGUUUGUUUGUCCGUGUGUUUGUCUUUGGCUCUCCGUGUUUUUGUGUGUGCUGGCAUUGUCUCUAGUCUCGUUCUCUUCUGGUGCAUCGUUCCUUCUCACUUCUGACUUAUUCUCCUUCUCUUCUUCUCUGAUCUGCCCUCAACUCCUUUUCUUUUCGGGAGUUUCAGUGAACAGGCGAACGGUUGUGGGGGCAUUUGAUGAGUCCUGGCCAGGGCUACACUCUGGCGGACUCUGAAGGCCCUACAAUAAGUAAGCCUCAGUAACUAGAGCCCGACCGGGUGAAACUCUCCUUUAACAUCCCUAACUGAGGACGUGGCCUAAAAUUCUUCUUGUGGGCACGGGUCAGGCACUUAAAGGCCAUUAGGGCACCUGCCACUUGAAGACUCCCGUGAGAGGAUAAGGGGGUCACGGAACGGACUAGAAACCCCUAGGGUGCCCGCCCCCAGCAAGAAAACUUCCGUGCAACGACGCCGGCACAUAAACAGUUCCAAAAGCAUACCAUAAGCCCAACCUCUUGGCCGCCACCACUCCCGGUAGGAUUUUUGGUGGUCGUUCUCAGUGACUUCCUCUCUCUCUUCCUUGCCGUUUAUUCUUUGACCAUGGGGCAGGGAGAAUCUACCCCACUUUCUCUCAUGACUGACCAUUUUUCGGAUGUCAGGGCCAGGGCCCAUAACUUGUCUUUGCUAGUCAAGAAAAGUAAAUUAAUAACUUUUUGUUCUGCAGAGUGGCCCGCCUUUCAGGUUGGAUGGCCUCCGGAAGGCACCUUUCAACCGUCCAUCAUACAGGCUGUGAAGGAGAAGAUUAUGGCUCCUGAUCCCUGAGGCCAUCCGAGUCAGGUCCCCUAUGUCAUGGUCUGGCAGGAUCUAGUGGAAAAUCCGCCUAAAUGGUUAAAACCUUUUGUUCACAAACUUCCUAGUUCCUCCAAUUCACAGGUCCUGGUGAUGGAGACCCCCCGGAGGAAACCAAAAAGAAAGAGGACCCAAAACCAGUCCUUCAGGAAUCAUCUUAUCCAAACCUGAUAGAUCUAGAAACGGAGAUAAGGCCUCCGCCAUAUGUGCCCUCCUUCCAAUCCCCUCCGAGGAGAGAAGCUCCCACAGGUGAACCGAGAGGAUUAAGAGGGCCAACGCGAACCGACCGUGAGGGGGGGGGGGCUGGCAUUGGGGACCCGGGGGUAAACUAAGGGAGAUAGGGGUAAGCAAGACCCUGGGGCCCCAGAGUUACCUUCAUCCACUGUUCAGGCGCUCCCCGUCCGAGUGGGACCAACUAACCCGGACGGAGAGCGAACCUAUCAGUACUGGCCCUUUUCCACGAGUGACCUGUACAAUUGGAAGACCCAAAACCCUCCUUUCUCAGAGAAACCCCAAGGCCUCAUUGACCUCUUAGAUUCCAUUUUGUUCACUCAUAAUCCCACCUGGGAUGAUUGUCAGCAGCUGUUGCAGGUGCUCUUCACCACGGAAGAACGGGAGCGAAUUCUGGCAGAGGCGCCGAAACGGGUCCCAGGGGUCGACGGGAGGCCAACCACCCAGCCUCAUCUUGUGGACGAGGGGUUUCCCCUGUUGCGGCCUAACUGGGAUUUUGAGCGGGUGGAAGGUAGGGAGCGUCUCCGAGUGUACCGCCAGACUCUAAUGGCUGGCCUGCGGGCUGCAGCAAGAAAGCCGACAAAUCUGGCAAAGGUAAAUUUAGUAAGGCAAGAGCCCACUGAAAGCCCGGCAGCCUUCCUAGAGAGGCUGAUGGAAGCUUUCAGGCAAUAUACACCUAUGGACCCCCAGGCUGAGGAGUCACGCGCUGCAGUUCUGUUAGCGUUCGUGAAUCAGGCAGCCCCAGAUAUUAGGAAGAAAUUACAAAAGGUAGAGGGAUUGGGAGAACAGACAAUACAGGAUUUACUGAAAGUAGCUGAAAAGGUAUUUAAUAAUAGGGAGACCCCAGAAGAAAGGGAAGAGCGAAUUCGGCGGGAGGAAAGGGAAUUAGCGGAGAAGAUCAGGAAAGAAGAUAGGGAACAUAGGGCGAGGGAAAACCGGAAGAACCAGAAGGAGCUAGCCCAGAUUCUUUUUGCGGGGAUAAAAGCCGGAACAGAAUUGAGGGAACCUCGAGACCCCCGGACGGGAGAAAAAGAAAAACCAAAAAGGCAGGCCCUAAAGAAGGAUCAGUGCGCCUACUGCAAAGAACAGGGGCACUGGAAAAACGAGUGCCCUAAGAGGGACUCAAGGAGAGGAAUGACCCAGAGAGAGAAAAUCCCCCCUGGAACUCGAGUUCUAUAUGCGGGGGAAGACAGUGACUAGGGGAGUCGAGACUCGGCACCCCUCCCCGAGUCCUGGGUAGCCAUACAUGUGGAGGGGAAACCCGUUGGCUUCAUGGUAGAUACUGGCGCCCAACACUCUGUUCUAAAUAAAAAACUGGGACCAAUGUCUAAGAAAACCAGCUUAGUGCAAGGAGCCACGGGGACAAAAAGAUAUUGUUGGACCACAGAAUGGAAAGUAAAUCUGGGGACCCACCAGGUGUCCCACUCGUUUUUGGUGAUACCAGAAUGCCCAGCCCCUCUACUUGGAAGAGACUUGUUGACUAAAGUUAAUGCUCAGAUCCAUUUUGACCCCGGGGGAAUGUCAGUCACGGAUGGACUUGGACAACCGAUACAUGUCUUGUCCCUAGCCUUAAGAGAUGAAUACAGACUUUUUGCGCCUAAGCCCUCAGAGACCAUAGCACUAGAUGUACAACCGUGGGUCCAUAAAUAUCCAUUGGCCUGGGCAGAAACAGCAGGAAUGGGACUAGCCAAACAGAGACAUCCGGUCGUCAUCGAGCUAAAGGCCGAGGCAGUUCCUGUGAGGGUGAGACAGUACCCUAUGAGCCAAGAAGCUCGGCGGGGGAUCACUCCCCACAUUCGACGGCUCAUGGAGGCCGGAAUUCUCAGGCGAUGCCAAUCCCCACACCCCCUUACUGCCGGUGAAGAAGCCAGGGGGGACAGAUUACAGACCUGUCCAAGACCUGCGAGAAGUCAACAAACGGGUGAGUGACAUACACCCAACUGUCCCUAACCUGUAUACCCUCUUGAGCAGUUUACUGCCUGAGUACACUUGGUACACUGUGCUGGACUUGAAGGAUGCCUUUUUCAGCCUACCCCUGGCAGUUCGGAGCCAGGAGAUAUUUGCCUUUGAGUGGACUGAGGGGGAGGGCCAACCGGUAGUACAAUUAACUUGGACCCGCCUCCCACAGGGGUUCAAGAACUCCCCUACCUUGGUUAAUGAGGCUCUGAGUGAGGACCUCUAAGAAUAUCGGGCUUGCCACCCAGAGGUCAUUCUGCUACAAUAUGUAGAUGACCUUAUGUUGGCUGGAACCACAGAGGAAGCUUGCAGCCGUGCCACUGGGGACCUACUACAGACCCUAGGCAUCUCGGGGUAUCGCGCUAGCGUAAAGAAGGCACAAAUAGCCUGGCAAGAGGUCACCUAUUUGGGGUAUAAGAUCAGGCAGGGGCAAAGGUGGCUAACCCAGGCCAUGAAAGAAACAAUAUUGCAGAUACCAGAGCCCAAAAACCCCCGCCAGGUGAGAGAGUUUCUGGGGACUGUUGGAUGUUGCAGACUGUGGAUUAUGGGGUUUGCUGAGAAGGCCCGGCCCUUAUAUGAGGGAAGUAAAGAGACCCCAAACUGGACUUGGACUGAGCCAAUGAAACAGGCUUUCCAGACACUCAGACGGGCCCUACUAGAAGCCCCAGCCCUUGCCCUGCCUAACCCAAAUAAGCCAUUCCAGCUGUUUGUAGAUGAAAAGCAAGGAAUAGGAAAGGGGGUCUUGACUCAACAAUGGGGACCAUGGAAGCGGCCGGUAGCAUACCUUUCGAAGCGAUUAGACCCGGUGGCCGCUGGGUGGCCCCCUUGCCUUCGCAUCAUUGCAGCUACAGCCCUCCUCGUCCGCGACGCUGACAAGUUGACGUAUGGACAGCAACUCUCGGUUUACACCCCCCACGCCGUAGAAGGGGUUUUAAAGCAGCCGCCGGGUAAGUGGAUCUCCAAUGCCCGCUUGACACACUACCAGGCCUUGCUGCUCGAUGCCCCACGGGUGCGUUUUCAGACCCCUUGCUUCCUAAAUCCGGCCACGCUCCUACCCAACCCAGAGAAGGACAGCCCUCUCCAUAAUUGCAGUGAGAUACUGGCUGAGGCCCUGGCGGCACGAAAAGACUUAACUGAUGUACCCCUAAGCAACAGGGAGCUAGUAUGGUUCACCGAUGGGAGCAGUUAUGUAAAAGAUGGGCAAAGGAAGGCGGGAGCCGCCAUAGUUGAUGAUUCAGGGCAGACGAUAUGGGCUGAGACACUACCCACAAACACUUCUGCACAAAAAGCAGAAUUGAUUGCCCUAACACAGGCUCUGGAGCAAGCCAAAGGGAAGAGAGUCACCAUUUUUACUGACAGCCGAUAUGCUUUCAGCACUGCCCAUAUGCAAGGUCCCAUAUACCAAGAAAGGGGAUUUCGGACAGCUGAGGGAAAAGAGGUCAAAAAUCUGCCUGAGAUUCGCAGGAUCUUGGAAGCUGUCCAACUACCCCAGGCAGUAGCUAUAGUACAUGUCCCCGGUCACCAGAAAGGAGAAGACCCUAAGGCGCGGGGCAAUCGUGCUGCUGAUGCGGCCGCUCGAGAAGCGGCUAGCCGGGACUAUGCUGCCCUCAUAUUAGCCGUGGGACUUCCACCUCCUUGUAUGGGGACCUUGCCACCAGUUCCCGAAUAUUCCCUCCCUGAUCUCGCCUGGAUCAACAAGGAUACCACCCUCCAGAAAGAUGACCAAGAUGGAUGGUACCGAGACCAAAUCAACAACCUGAUCUUGCCUGCCACCCUGGGUCGUCACCUGUGUGAACACCUGCACACAACUACACACUUGGGAGAAAAAAAGAACCUAACACUUCUCCAGACGGCCUGCCUGAGGUUCCCUCGACAAAAUGCCACUGUACGAGAGAUAAUUCAAGCCUGCGAAGCGUGCCAGCUGAUGAGGGCAGAGAAGAAGCAUCACUUGGGAACGAGGUACCGAGGGGAAAAGCCAGGGCAACAUUGGGAGAUAGAUUUCACUGAGGUAAGGCCAGGCAAGUAUGGGUACCGCUAUCUGUUGGUUCUGGUAGAUACCUUCUCGGGGUGGGUGGAAGCUUUCCCCACUAAGGGAGAGACAGCAAUAGUGGUUGCUAAAAAGAUCUUAGAGGAGAUAGGGCCUAGGUAUGGGCUGCCAGUGACUAUGGGCUCUGAUAAUGGACCUGCCUUUGUGAGCCAGAUUGUACAAGGGCUGGCCCAAGCUCUGGGGACGAAAUGGAAGUUACAUUGCAAAUAUAAUCCCCAGAGCUCAGGACAGGUUGAGAGAAUGAAUCGGACCCUAAAAGAAACUUUGACAAAGUUGGCAAUAGAGACUGCCGGGGACUGGGUGACCCUCCUCCCCUUUGCACUCUUUCGGGCAUGUAACACCCCUUAUAAGCUGAAUCUUACUCCUUUUGAGAUUCUGUAUGGAAGACCCCCUCCUGUGUAUCCUAUUUUCGAAGGAAAAUGUCUGCCACCCCCUACUUUGGGACAAUUCCAGCAAACUCUGAUAGCAUUAAGUAAGAUGCAUAACCAUGUUUGGAAAUUGAUUCGAGAGAUACAUCAGGGCCAAAACAAGAGGGCCCUCCCCUCACAUAAUAUUGGCCCAGGUGAUUGGGUUUGGGUAAAACGACACCAAUCUAAAGUAUUAGAACCUAGAUGGAAACGCCCUUAUGUUGUUCUUCUUACCACUCCUACCACUGUCAAGGUCGACAGGAUUGGACCCUGGGUUCACUGCAAUCACGUGCGGCAAGCCACAUCAGAAGAACAGGAAAAAGCGCGAGCAGAAUGGAAGGCGAGUCCUCACCCGUCAAAUCCUUUGAAACUGAAACUCGUCUGCCGGGAGGCCUCCUAAUUCUCCUGCUGAUGGCAGCUCUCAUCGACCCAGGAGCGACCAGUCAUAACCCCCAUCAACCUGCUAAGAUCACAUGGAAACUCAACGACGGGCAAACUCAUGAGCUGCUCAAUGAGACCUCAGGAAUCCACCCUCCAAACACCUGGUGGCCGGACCUGAACUUCGACCUCUCAAGCCUCUUCGCAAAGCAGGACGGUCUCUACGAUAAGUACUAUAGGGAUGGGAUAAAAAAACCAUAGGUUGGGGUUUUGGGCUUGCCCGGGCUAUGUAAGAAAUAACUGGAAAACCUGUGGUGGCAUAGAAAGCUAUUAUUGCAGGAGCUGGAGUUGUGUGACCUCUUGUGAUGGACCCCAGAGGUGGGAUGUCGGAAACAGAGAUCUAGUUAGCUUCACCUUCAAGGACCGUAGACACCAGGGGCCUCAGGUACGAGUACAAUUUAACCAGGAACGGGCGAAGAAAGAAAACCGCUGGACCUCAGGACUGACUUGGGGUUUUCAGCUUCACGUAAAUUGGCCCGGCCCCUACCCAGGCGAGCUUUUAAUCAUUAAACAGGUUAUUGAGCCGGUGCAGGUACAUAGUUUAGGUCCCAAUCUGGUCAAAGCAUUACAGGGGCAUAAGGCGACCCCCAAGCCAACCACCUUCAGACCAAGCUUGCCGGGAACAUUUAAUAUCUCCUCUACCCCGAGCCUCAGAGGCAAACUGACAGAAACCCCUGGCCCUCUGGCUGUUACCAUUAGCUCAGCAAUUCAGGACCCCCUAUGGGCCUUAGUGAAUGCAGCCUUUACGGUCUUAAACCAUACCAACCCUAAUGCGACCCAGUCCUGUUGGCUUUGUUAUAAUCUUCACCCACCCUUCUAUGAGGCCAUAGGCCUCAAUGUCUCUUACCACUUAUCUUCAGGCCAGAACCCACCCCCAUGCCGAUGGGAAGAACGCAAGGUUGGCCUCACAAUGAAUGAAGUCUGGGGACAGGGACUCUGUUUGAGCACAGUGCCACGUGAUAAAACUUCCCUCUGUGCCCGGACUAUUAGUAACCUACGCUUACACGGCAAACAUUGGAUUGUGCCAGAGGUUGGGGGUUGGUGGAUUUGUUCACAUACUGGGCUAACCCCAUGUUUACAUUGUGAAGAUUUUUAACCAGAGUCAAGAAUUCUGUGUCCUGGUUGCUGUAAUGCCAAAAAUCUUAUACCACUCUGAAGAGGUUAUGUACUCACAUUGGGACCGGGAAUUGCUAAGACAAAAGAGAGAGCCAAUCAGUGCGAUCACCAUGGCAGCCUUGUUCAGUCUUGGGCUGGCAGGAGCAGGGACAGGUAUAUCUUCACUAUCUCUGCAAGGCCAAGGGUUUUCCUCCCUACGAGCCGCCAUAGAUGAAGAUAUAACUCGCAUAGAAGAAUCAAUCAGCCACUUAGAGAAGUCUCUGACUUCCUUGUCUGAGGUGGUCUUGCAGAAUAGGAGAGGAUUAGACUUGAUUUUUCUCCAACACGGUGGGGUCUGCGCGGCUCUGGGAGAAGAAUGUUGUUUCUAUGCAGACCAUACAGGAGUGGUAAGAGAAUCUAUGGCAAAAGUAAGAGAAGGGCUGGCGCAACGAAAGAGGGAACGGGAGGCCCAACAGGGAUGGUUUGAGUCUUGGUUUCAACGCUCCCCCUGGCUGACCACCUUAGUUUCCACCCUCCUGGGCCCGCUUAUAGUGCUAUUAUUAACAAUUACAUUUGGCCCUUGUAUUUUAAACCGGCUAAUGUCAUUUAUUAAAGAACGUCUAAAUACCAUUCAGAUUAUGGUAUUGAGGCAGCAAUAUCAGAUGGUAGCCCAGGAUGAAGAGAAAGAUUCCUCUACAGGAACAACAAGACAGGGGGGAAUGUGAGGCUGCCAGGGUUAAUACCGUGACGGGCGGCCUGGACCUAAGUGUUAGCUUCCCCCGAAAUGGUAAGAUUCCCUACCCCCAUCAGGUAACCUGGAGCCAGCCAAUCAAUAUGCGCCCAGUAAGAACAAAGGGAGAGCUGAAAAGCCCGUGAACGCCCAGGUUUGAAAAAAGCCCGCGAAAGUCUGUACCAAUAGAAUUGCUUUGCAAGCAUGUAACCAAUCCGCUUAAGCCAGCUACUAACCGCUUUUGCAUAUCUUAUAAAUUUGUGUAACAAGCUUGAGCUCAGCGCUUUCUGACCCUGCACCACUGUGAUGUUUGUGGCAGAAAGCCCUGGCUCGAGACAGUAAUAAACUUCCCUUUUUUGCGA